AUGGAGGAACCAAACAUUACCCAAUCGGGCCAUCGUGUCACCUCUGGCUGGACGUUCUCCUUCUCCAACGACAAUGACAAGCUUUCUGAGGACUCUGGUGGAAGGUCCAUGAUGCAGGUCCCGGAGGACACAACACCAGCAAAGGACUGUCAAGCUGCUCAGUCAGCACUCGGCGCAUGCCGCCAAGCAACACCAAACCGUGUCACAACUGCCGUCGUCGACGCCUGCGCUGCGACCGUUCAUGGCCGACAUGCCACAAAUGUGCGGUUUCGGGGCAGGAAUGCCUCGGGUAUGGCAAGGUCUUCGUCUGGACUCAAGGCAUCGACUCCCAAGGGAACGUCAAUCCGCCUCCCGGACGGAGACUGGCCGACGAUUCUGACAGUUCCGCGACCGCCUCUGCUUCACCUCCGGGUAGUUAUCCAGGCCAAACAUCCUCUGGCGCGUUUAGUUCAGCAGGCCCAGCAAGCUGCUCAAGAGGCUGAAGACUUGAAUCAGAGUCAACAACAGCGGUCUGCGCAGAAUGACGACUUGCCAACAUCCAGCGACACCAUGGACUGGUCCCCUCCCACUGGUACACUUACAGAUCCUUUGUUCCAGGACCUUGACCAUGCCUCACGAUCCUACCUUGCUCAUUUCUCUGAAAGGGUCUGCAAAGAUCUUGUGGUCCGAGACACGCCUGAGAGUAACCCCUUCCGCGAGUUGAUACCCUUGACGCGGAAACACCCGCUUCUAUUGCAGGUUAUCAUUGCGACUUCAGCUAUCCAUUGGUCCAAUAUCGUCCGCCGUUUUGAAAUCCCUCCGGGCAUGACUGAUUCUACCGGGAUUGUUACUAUGCUACGCUCAAGAGACCUUGUGACACAAAAGGCUCUCAUCGAUGCCUUGACGGCAAAGCAAAAGGCUAUGAGCCACAUGAGAGAAGUUCUCGACACCCUUGACCCGGCUGGUAGUGAAGUGGCACUGGCUGCCAUGCAUUUCUUCAUCAAAUUUGACUUGAUUGAUUUGAACAAGCCGGACAAUCAGAGCUGGAGGGCCCACCUUGAAGGCGCCACGAGUAUCAUGGCACUGCUUAACCCGGAUAGUAACCCUAACGCAUCUAGUAGAAUAUUGCGGGACCGUGUCAUUACUGACAGCUUCAUUUAUAACAUUUUGGGCUCGACAUUGACCUCAGGAGGACUUGCAGCUCGCGUUGCACGACAGGCUUUUCAAUUCUUGCCCGUUAUGAAACGAGUAGAGCUGACAAGCCACUUGUCUUGCCCUCCCGAGAUCCUCAAUAUCAUCCUCUCUGCAUCAGAGCUGUCUCACGAAGUACCAUGGACGGAUCAGUCUUUGGGGGCGGCAGACAAAGCAAUAGCUCUGAUAGACGAGGCCCUUGCUGUCGAUAUUGUCGCUUGGGCAGAUUACUUGCGGCAACACAACCUGAUUCAAGACCUUGACAGCCGAGUGCAUCUAGCUGCAGCCCACAGGUCAGCGGCAUGUCUAUACAUCCUUCAAGCGUUACCGCUAGUUCGGUCAGUGCGGUCUGUCGACACCGAUUUUCUGUUGGACGACGUUUUGAACAAUUUAACCGCUAUCGAUGACAACGACCCAUACUUUAAGGCCUCAUCGUGGCCAACCUUCGUUGCAGGGGCCGAGACACGAGACCCUGAAAGACGCAUGUGGGCCCUGAGAAGAUUGUUGUCCAUUUGGCAGAUUUGUCCGUGGGGGUAUCUCUUCACGGCAAUUGAAAUGCUUAAAGCAACUUGGGCUAUGCAGGAUACACGCGGUUCGGACAAUGUCAACUGGCUACAUGAUCUACGGGGAAUGGGGUUUGAAAAUCUGAUUGUCUGA